AUGGAACUACAACUCACUGCCAAUGACUUAGAGAAAGAGACGACCCCUCCCACCGGGGUGAAGAUGCUUGUCCGAGAUUUUAUCGAAGACUCCCUCUACAAUCCAAACUAUGGCUAUUUCCCGAAACAAGCAACCAUCUUCGCCCAUGAUUCGCAUUCCUUCGACUUUCCUUCACUCCGCGACUCGAUCGAGUUUCAGGAAGAAGUGGCAAAAAAGUAUGCUGGCUAUGGCUCAGAUUCAUAUGAAGGACCUGGCCGACAGUUAUGGCAUACACCAACUGAGCUGUUCAAGCCCUGGUACGGUCAAGCCAUCGCACAAUGUGUUGUCUCGGAGUACCUGCUCAAGUACUUCCCCUACGAGGAUUUUGUCAUCUAUGAGAUAGGAGCUGGGAACGGUACCUUGGCAAUGGACAUCCUCAACUACCUUCAAGAAGCUCACCCAAUGGUGUACGAACGCACGCGAUACAACAUUAUCGAAAUUAGCGGUAGCCUUGUGCAGCUCCAGAAGAAGAAGCUACGCAGCGCCCAUCCUUGUGUGAAGAUUACCCACCAGAGUGUCUUCCACUGGAACAAGCGAGAGCCGUCUCCCUGCUAUUUCAUUGCUAUGGAAGUCGUGGACAACUUUGCGCAUGACAUCCUUCGAUACGAUCUAGACACCAUGCAGCCCCUCCAGGGUAUGGUUACGAUCUCCGAACAAAACGAUUUCGACAUCGUUUACACUCCUGUCACGGACCCCUUAAUCUCGUCAAUGCUAGGGAUUCGAAACAAACUGCGACAUCAACCCCCAGUUAAUAAACUCCUCCGAUACUCCCCAUUCCUCAGAAAGAUGUACAGAGGCCUUCCUUUCGCCGCUAAUCUCUCCAAGGAAGAGUACAUCCCAACACGUCUUCUCAGCUUGAUGCAAACCCUCCGAAAUCACUUCCCUCGUCACAGACUGCUAUUAUCCGACUUCUCCUCUUUACCAGACAGCAUUCCUGGCAUCAACGCCCCUGUGGUGCAAACACGCUUCAGAAACACGACUAUCCCUUGUAGCACUCUCCUCGUGAAGCAGGGGUACUUCGAUAUUUUCUUCCCAACGGAUUUCGAGCGCCUAAGAGACAUGUACGAACACAUCCUCUCAAAUCCCAACCACCCGACCAACAUCUCGAACGAGGCUCGACCGAAUCCACUGCUCGGAACAAGCUCACAAUCAUCACUGGGCGCAGGCUUCUUUUCCUCACGCUACCCAGCGGACAGAAGAACGCCUGUAGCAGGAAUGCCCUCCUCAAGUGGCCUCCCCGUCGGCGAACGCAAAUCCAACGUCUUUACCCAUGCGGAGUUUAUGGAGACGUAUGCCGAUCUCAGCAAGACAAAGUUACAAAACGGGGAAAAUCCUAUGCUAGAUUUCUACAAGAACGUCAAAUUUUUGUUCUAA